AUGGCCAGCGGUAGGCCUCCGGGGUCGCAUCCAACUGCAGGUCGCGAUGACGACCUGCUGUUAGAUUCCGGACCUACAUACAACAGUGGUCAAGGCCCCCCCGUGAACGACGAACACCUGUUAGAACACUUCAACAUUGACGACUCCGAACAACCGUACGAGCAACACCAACCGCGUCCUUCCGUCUCCUACGAUAACUUUGUCGGGUCCCGCGCGCCGCAGGGAAUACCGCAACAUCUAACUCCUGGAACAUCGCAUCCGCCGGUCAACCCCGGAAUCCACCCAAAUGACCCCUACUCCACCGGAACGAGAGAUCGGAGCUACUCCCAGACUUCCGGGCUGGAUAACUACCGGCGUUAUUCUUUGGACGAAUUUGACGAUGGACAUUCAGGAUACUACGACCUCGAUGCGGACGAAGAUCGCAUCGCUAGCUCUCACCAUGUUCGGAAGGCAAAUCAGCGCAAUAGCGUGCUCGGACUUGGGGGUGGCUUGAUGGGCAAGGCGAAAUACAUGUUUGGCAUGGGGUCAAAUCAAUACUCGGAGAUGGAUCUCCCAUUGACAGAGGCAGGCGCAAGAAGGGCGACAGUCGACAGUACUUCAUCUCCGGCGCCACCGCCGAAACAACGCAAGAAGUUCAGCGCGUCUGACCUCAACAUCUUUGCGCGACGCAAGGUCGACCCGUCGACUAUGGGCCCGCGUAUGAUCCAGCUCAACAACCCACCCGCCAAUGCCGCGCACAAAUUCUUCAGCAAUCAUGUGUCGACAGCGAAGUACAACAUCUUUACCUUCAUCCCAAAAUUCCUCUUCGAACAAUUCUCCAAAUACGCCAAUCUUUUCUUCUUGUUUACUGCUGUGCUGCAACAAAUUCCCAAUGUGUCGCCGACAAACAAGUUCACUACGAUCGUUCCGCUGGGUAUUGUUCUGGCGGUAUCGGCUAUCAAAGAAUUGGUGGAGGAUUAUAAACGCAGAAAUUCCGACAAAGGCUUGAAUAACUCAAAAACGCAAAUUCUUAAAGGAUCUUCUUUCCAUGAAUCAAGAUGGGUGGAUGUUAACGUGGGCGAUAUCGUUCGAGUCGAGUCCGAGCAGCCUUUCCCAGCUGACUUGGUUUUGUUGGCCUCUUCUGAGCCAGAGGGUCUAUGUUACAUUGAGACAGCAAAUUUGGAUGGCGAGACCAACCUCAAAAUCAAGCAAGCCAUUCCGGAGACUGCGCAUCUGGUCAGUCCUAGUGACUUGAGUCGCUUGAGUGGACGCGUUCGAUCGGAACAGCCAAACAGCAGUCUGUACACCUACGAAGCGACGUUGACUAUGAGUGCUGGGGGCGGCGAGAAAGAGCUGUCCUUAGCCCCAGAUCAACUUCUGCUCCGUGGUGCAACUCUGCGCAACACUCCGUGGGUCCAUGGUAUUGUGGUUUUCAGUGGUCAUGAGACAAAGUUGAUGCGAAAUGCGACUGCGACUCCGAUCAAGCGGACAGCCGUGGAGCGAACGGUCAACAUCCAAAUUUUGAUGCUGGUCAGCAUUCUCAUUGUUUUGAGUGUUAUUAGUUCCGUGGGUGAUCUUGCGAUUCGCAAAACUAGAUCCUCGCAGCUUGCCUACCUCGAUUACGGAGAUGUCCACGUAGUGAAGCAGCUCUUCAUGGACAUUUUCACAUAUUGGGUGCUGUAUUCGAACUUGGUUCCUAUCUCCCUCUUCGUCACCAUUGAAAUCGUGAAAUACUUCCAGGCUUUCCUCAUCAACUCCGACCUCGAUAUUUACUACGAUAAGACUGACACUCCGGCUACCUGCCGCACUUCUUCGCUGGUUGAAGAGCUCGGCCAAAUCGAAUACAUUUUCUCUGACAAGACAGGUACACUUACUUGCAACCAGAUGGAGUUCAAGCAAGUUACCAUUGCCGGCAUUCAAUAUGGUGAUGAUGUUCCGGAGGACCGCCGCGCCACACCGGAGGAUGACGCUGGAGUUGGUAUCCAUGAUUUCAAAACCCUUAGGGAGAACAUGAAAUCACAUCCAACCCAGAAUGCCAUUCGCGAACUCCUCACUCUCCUCGCAACCUGCCACACAGUCAUCCCAGAGCGAAAUGCCAGCGAUCCAGAUGUGAUUAAGUACCAAGCAGCGUCGCCUGACGAGGGAGCCCUGGUUGACGGAGCAGCCUCGCUCGGGUAUCGUUUCACCAACCGCAGACCGAGAUCCGUUCUUUUCGAAACUGGAGGCCAGGAGUAUGAAUAUGAGCUGCUGGCAGUUUGCGAGUUCAACUCUACCCGAAAGCGAAUGUCCACUAUCUUCCGAUGCCCAGAUGGAAAGGUUCGCAUCUACUGUAAGGGUGCCGACACGGUCAUCCUUGAGCGUUUGCACCCCGACAACCCUACUGUGGAGGCGACUUUGCAGCAUUUAGAGGAGUAUGCCUCUGAUGGUCUCCGAACAUUGUGUCUGGGUAUGCGGGAAGUUCCAGAAGACGAGUACCAGCAAUGGCAGCAAAUCUUCCACACGGCAAACACCACUGUUGGUGGUAACCGUGGCGAGGAACUGGACAAGGCUGCUGAGCUGAUCGAAAAGGAUUUCUUCCUCCUUGGUGCCACAGCUAUUGAGGAUCGUCUGCAGGAUGGCGUCCCAGAUACCAUCCACACGCUUCAGACUGCGGGUAUCAAGAUUUGGGUGUUGACUGGUGACCGACAGGAAACUGCAAUUAACAUCGGAAUGUCUUGCAAGCUUAUCUCAGAGGAUAUGACGCUUCUCAUUAUCAACGAGGAGUCAAGUGAGGCCACUCGUGAUAACCUGCAGAAGAAGCUGGAUGCGGUGAAAAGUCAAAUCGCCUCUGGAGAUGCGGAGCCUCUAGCUUUGGUUAUUGAUGGGCGAUCGUUGACAUUUGCUCUGGAGAAAGAAAUGGAGAAGUUGUUUUUGGAUCUGGCGGUGAUUUGCAAAGCAGUUGUUUGCUGUCGUGUUUCCCCUCUUCAGAAAGCUUUGGUUGUUAAGCUUGUCAAGCGUCACAAGAAGGCUCUUCUCUUGGCUAUUGGUGACGGCGCCAACGAUGUUUCUAUGAUUCAAGCCGCCCACGUUGGUGUCGGUAUCAGCGGUAUGGAGGGUCUUCAGGCUGCCCGAUCUGCCGAUGUGGCAAUUGGUCAGUUCCGAUUCCUUCGGAAGUUGCUUUUGGUUCACGGAGCGUGGAGUUAUUCUCGCAUUAGUCGAGUCAUUCUAUACUCGUACUACAAGAACAUCACGCUAUACAUGACUCAAUUUUGGUACUCUUUCCAAAAUGCAUUUUCUGGAGAGGUUAUCUACGAAUCUUGGACAUUAUCCUUUUAUAACGUGCUCUUCACGGUUUUGCCUCCGUUCGCCAUGGGAAUCUUCGAUCAGUACAUCUCCGCCCGGUUGCUUGAUCGCUACCCGCAAAUGUACCAACUCGGCCAAAGGGGAGUCUUCUUCAAGAAGCACAGCUUCUGGGCAUGGAUCUUGAACGGAUUCUUCCACUCCCUCAUCCUCUACAUUGUCUCGGAGCUGAUCUUCUUCUGGGACCUCCCAAUGGCUGACGGCAAAGUCGCCGGGCACUGGGUCUGGGGCGAAGCACUGUACACCGCCGUACUCGCUACCGUCCUAGGCAAAGCAGCUUUGAUCACGAACAUUUGGACGAAGUGGACCUUUAUCGCCAUCCCUGGCUCGAUGCUGCUCUGGCUCAUCUUCCUCCCAGCGUACGGUUACGCUGCUCCAGCCAUCGGUUUCUCCCGCGAGUACUACGGCACCAUCCCUGUCCUAUUCAAAUCCCCCAUCUUCUACCUGAUGGCCGUCGUCCUACCCUGUAUAUGUCUCCUUCGUGAUUAUGCCUGGAAGUACGCCAAGCGCAUGUACUACCCUCAGCAGUAUCACCACGUCCAGGAAAUCCAGAAGUACAACGUCCAGGACUACCGGCCGCGGAUGGAACAGUUCCAAAAAGCCAUCCGCAAGGUCCGGCAAGUGCAGCGCAUGCGCAAGCAGCGCGGCUACGCUUUCUCUCAGGCCGACGAUGGUGGCCAGAUGCGUGUUCUUAACGCUUACGACACUACGCGGAGCCGCGGUCGUUAUGGUGAGAUGGCUAGCUCGAGGCCUAUGGCGUGA